AUGGACAAGCUGAAAUUAUCUGAAUGGGGUGAACGGUUGAAGACUGGUGGGGCUCAAAUGAGUCGACUUGUAAGUGAUAAGGUGAAGGAAAUACUGCAAACCCCAACACCUGAAUCAAAAAUGGUUGAUGAAGCUACGUUAGAGACAAUGGAGGAGCCAGACUGGGGUUUGAAUUUGAGGAUAUGUUCGAUGAUCAACAGCGAAGAGUUUAGUGGUACGGAGAUUGUUAAGGCUAUAAAGAGGAAGUUUUCGGGUAAGAGUGUGGUGAGCCAAAGGCUGAGUCUUGAUUUGUUGGAGGCGUGUGCUUCAAAUUGUGAGAAGGUGUUCUCUGAGGUGGCGUCUGAGAAGGUGUUGGAUGAGAUGGUUAGGAUGAUUGAGAAUCCACAGACAGAUCAGGGGAAUCGUAAUCGAGCUUUGCAGUUGAUUAGGGCUUGGGGAGAGUCUGAGGAUCUUGAGUAUCUGCCUGUCUUUCGGCAGACCUAUAUGAGUUUGAAAGAAAGAAGUCUGCCUGUACCACCAGUUGAAGAUGGGAGUUCAUUCCCCAUGCCGUAUUCCUUGGAGUCAUAUGUUCACCAGGAACCAUUAUCACCACCUGAAAGCUAUCCUAUUCCUGACACGGGAUUGCAUGGUGCAGAUCAUGGGACUCUUUCAUAUAACUUUGGGGUGCUAUCAAUUGAGGAAAAGAAUGAAAUGCUUGUAACAACUCGGAACAGUCUGGAACUUCUUUCUAGUAUUCUGAAUGCCGAUACUGAGCCAAAACCCAUUAAGGAGGAUCUGACAGUGAGCUUGUUGGAAAAGUGCAAGCAGUCACAGCCAGUCAUUCAGAGGAUCAUAGAGAGCACUACUGAUGAUGAGUCAAUGCUUUUUGAAGCCCUAAAUCUCCAUGAGGAGCUCCAGCAAGUCAUUUCCCGAUACGAGGAGUUAGAAACUGGUACAAAAUCCACAGAGAAGCUGCCUGAAAGUUCUGAUAACACGGGGGCCAAUAUGUUGCCUGCUCAAGUUGGACCUCAUAAUGAAACCAAGAUAGCAGAUCCACCAAAAGGAGGGAGUACCGAAUCUAAUGAAACCAAGAUAGCAGAUCCCCCAAAAGGAGAUGGUACUGAAUCUAGCAGCGAGAAGAAAAAUGAUGAAUGA